GAUUUUGCUUUCUGUUUAUUUUUAUCGGACAUUACUCUUUGCUUUUUAUUUGCUUUGUUGGGACGUCUUUUAAUUUGAUUCCCACGCAAGAAGGAAGUUGAAAUGGACGUUGGAGCAUCCUCGUCUGGUGGCACGGAGAAUGUUGUUGAUGAACUUUCACCCGAGUUUUUACAAAGAAAGUUGUAUUUUCUGGUAGACAAAUUGAAGGCGAUGCAGAACCAAUUGCCAGAAAUAUACCAAUCGCGCAUUUCCUAUGAACUUCUUACGGAAUUGGCCAAUUCCCUGCUAAACGAUACGAUAUUUGAAAUUGUAAAAGGAUUGAUGGAAAUACAGCACGUAACGGAGAAACACUUGUUCCAACUGCGAGAGCAAGUUCAAAACGAGUACGAAAUUGAAGUUCAAGAAUGGAUAUCAAAAAUCACCGACCAGGAGGAAUUACAACACAUUCUACAAUUGAUGAAAAUAAAACAUACAAAGAAAAUGAAGGAGACCGAUAUGAAACUGAUAGCAUUGCUGGAUCAAAAGGUAAAAGAUCAGCAACUGACACUUCACAAGGCUGGAGUGGCCGGAUUCUAUGUGACGGACAAUCCCAAGGAAAUAAAAAUACAAAUGUUCCUAUUAGAUUUCAUUUUGCGUUUGUCGCGAAUAAAAUUUGAGCCAAAUAAAUGAUUUUAAUUCAAAUAUGAAA